AUGGUGGGCGGUGGGGGUGGGAGGUGCGGGUGGGGGGGGGGGGGCGGGGGGGGGGGGGACUGGGUCGGAGGGGGGGCCUACGGGGACGUGGGGGGUGCAGGGAGGGGAGGCGCCUGGGCGCUACGGGUAGGGACGAGGGGAGGGAGGGGGGGGGAAAUCAGGGUGCGUGAGGCUGCGUGGGGGGGGGGUGGGCUGGGUCGGGGGGGAUUAGGAGGCAGGGGGGGGGGGGGGGGGGUGAGGGGGGGUAAGAUGGGGUGGGCGGAGGCAGGUCUAGUGGGGGGAGGGGGGAUAAUUGUUGGAGAGUGUGCAGAGUGGGGGUGGGAAUGGGGGCCCGGGGGGGGUGGUCGGGGGGAGGGAGGGGCUGGUUGGGGGGGGUGGGAGGGGCUGGGGUGCGGGGUGGGGGCGGCGGUGACUGGCCGGCUGGGCCGUAAGGGAGUGCUGGGGGGGGGAAGUGGGGGGUGCGGGGACACGGUAGGGGUGGAUCACUGGGGUGGGUGCGUGGGGGGCGAGGGGGGGGGUGGUGUGGGAUGCGGGGCUGGGGGUGUGGGGAGGGGGAAGGGGCGGGGGGGAGGUGUGGCGGGGGCGACGGGGGGGGGGGGGGGGUGGAGGGGGCGGGGGGUAGGUGGACCCGGGAGGGGGGUCAGCGGCUACGUGCGGGUGGAGUGGGGGGGUGAUGCGGGGGGAGAGGCGAGGAAGGGGGGGGGGGACCUUUGGUGGGCGGGGGGGGGGGCGGCAUGCCGUGGAGGGGGAGGGGCAGGGGACGGGGGAGGUGCGGGGGAUGGGGGGUGGGGAGGGGGCGGUCGGCCGUGGGGGGUGGGGGGGUCAAAGAGGGCGGUGGUAUGGGGGAGGCUGUGGCGGGGAGUACGGGGAGCGGGGGAUGGGCGGGGGGGGGCGAGGGGGCCGGGGGUGGGAGGGGGGGGGGCGGGGUGGGGGGGGAUCGGGUGGAGCGAUGAGGGAGGAGUUGGGAGGGGGGGGGGGGGGGGGGGGGGAGGGGCGGCCAGGGAGGGGGGCGGGGGAGGGGGCGGGGUAGUGGCAGGAGGGGGAGUGGGUGAAGAGGGGUGGGGGUGGAGUGGGGGGGAGCAGGGGCCCGCGUGGCCGGGACAAGGAGGGGGGGCGGCUGGUGCGUGGGGGGUGGAGUCUGGUUGUUUCCCCCCAACCCCCCCCAACCCCCCCACACCAACAACCCCAACCCACCCACCACAUCAUUUUUUUGUUGGUGGUGGGGUCUGGGUGGCUGAUUCUGGCGGUGUGAUGGGGGAUGGUUGGUGCGACCUUGGGGUGGCGGCAUGGGGGGGGCGUGGUUGGGAGGGCUGUAGGGGGGUGGGGUCGGGCGCGGUGGGGGGGGGCAGGCUUCCAAGUUGGUGGGCGGGGCGGGGGGACGGGGGGGGGGGGUGGGGCGGCCCGGGCGCGGGGGAACAGGGGGGGUGCGGACAGGGGUGGUUUGGAGGGGGGACGGGAGCAGGGGGGGCGGAGGGGGAGAGGCGGGGGGGCGGCGGUUGGGAAGGGCGCGGGAGGGCGGCGCGAUGGGGGGCGCUGGUGCGGGCUGUGAGUGCUAGUGUAGUGGGGGGGGUGGUCGGAGGGGGGGUCGUUGGGCGGGCAGGAGCAGGGUGGGGGGGGGGGGGGGGUGGAGGGGCGCGAGGAGUGGGGGAUGUCGGGGUGGCGGGUCUAGCGGGGGAGGGGGGGGGAGGUGGUGCGCGGGGGGGCGAGGGGGGGUGGGGAGGAGUUCGGUAUCAAGCACGAAGGGCGGGGGGUGGGAGGGUAGGCCGGGGGGGGAGGCGGGGGCACGGCGGUGAGAGGGGGUGCCAACGGCGAGGGUGGGGGGAUGGUGGGGGGGAGGGGGGGGGGGGGAGGGGUUCUGGGGCCGAGGCCGGGGGGCGGGGAGGUGGCGUGGCGAACUGUCGGCGGGAAGCGGCGGGGGGGGGGAAGGAGGCGUAG